CAUUGAGCUGUAAAUUGAAAGAGGUUUGACCAUAUUUGAAAGCGAUCGUAGGGUAUGUAAAUAAAUAAAAUAAAAUAAAAUAAAGAAAGAGAAAAAGGGAUUAUAAGAAGCAUAGGAACCACAGAGGAAGAAGAGAAAAAUGAUCGAUUGAGCAUAAAAGACGAUUGGAAUAUAAGAGUUGAAAAAUCCCCAUUCAACGCGUCUCCACUCUCCUUUGAAUGAUUUCUUUCUAAUUUCUUCUUUUGAUGUAAAAAAAUUAAAGAAAGAAAGAAAGAAACAACAACAAUAAUAAAAUAGUAAUUAUUAUAAUUUGAAAUUGCAUGGUAAGGGUGAUUCCAGUAGUGGGUGGUAACUUUGCGCAAUAUGUGUGGCGCAACUUCCACGGCGGUGGCGGGGAUAUUAUUACUGGAAAGAUGGCGGAGGGAAUUCAGGUGGUGGGCGGGGUGGGAGAGAAAACCGGCCUGGACGGACCCAGCAUGGCAUGUAGGAUUUCACAUCCAAAAACUCCGGGGGUUUUUUAUGGAUCAAACCCUCUUGAAGAUUCAUUCUCGGCUUUGCUUUUGGAUCUUGUCAUUGUAAUUUUCAUUAUUCAUCUUCUUCAUUUUUUACUUAGGCCUCUCCAUCAGCCUAAAAUCGUCUCUCAGAUCCUCGGGGGUUUUAUCAUCGGACCAUCGGUUCUAGGCCACAACAAGAACUUCAGACUAAAUUUGUUUCCAGAAGAUGUGAGUUUCUUGGUAACCAACAUCGGUUUAAUCGGUUUCAUGUAUUUCUUAUUCAUUUCCGGAGUCAAAACCGAUCUCAGCCUCAUAAAAAAAGCAGGAAAGAAAGAAUAUUUCAUUGCUUCCUUUAGCGUAGUGGUUCCAUUAGUACUAAACAUCUCAUUUGCAUUACUCAUAAGAAAAUCCAUGGACGAAAACCUUGCCAAAUUCUCUUCCAUUGGUGCUGUUACUUCCUCUUUAGCCAUCACUGCCUUCCCUGUCGUCCACCCGAUUCUCCAUGAGCUCAAUCUCUUGAGCUCUGAGGUCGGUCGUAUGUCGAUGUCGAUCUCGAUAAUCAGCGACGCCGUAGGCAUCAAUGCAGUCAUUGCGUUUGAGGCUGCAAUACAAGGAGAAACGGAUGCAAUGAAUGCAUUAUGGUACCUAAUUUCACUAAUUAUUUUGUUGGGUUUCAUUGUGUUUGGUGUAAGAAAAGUAAUGCAUUGGAUUAUUAAGAGGACUCCUGAAGGGCAGGCUGUGGAACAAGGAUUUAUUAUAGCAAUUUUGCUUGGGGUUUUGACAAUGGGAUUUUUAACUGAUUUGUUUGGGAUUGCUAUUCUUAAUGGUCCACUUUGGUUGGGUAUGGCUAUUCCCGAUGGUCCUCCUUUGGGCUCAACUCUUGUGGAGAGGAGUGAGACUAUAAUUUCUGAGCUUUUGAUGCCUGUUUCAUUUGCUUUUGUGGGGCUUUACACUGAUGUUUUCGAAAUGGCUAAGGCUGGUUGGCCUACUUUGGCGCCUUUGUUUUUCUUGGCAUUGGCUGGUCAUUUCUUUAAGCUUGGUGCUACUCUCAUUCCGUCUCUUUUCUUUCAAUUGCCCCUUCGAGAUAGUCUUGCGGUUAGUUUCAUCAUGUGCUUGAGAGGCCAAGUCGAAAUCAUUCUCCUUCUUCAUUGGAUUGAUAAAAAGAUUAUAAAAAUCCCAGAAUUCACAAUGCUGGUGCUAAUGACUGCAACUGUAACAGCAAUAUUAACUCCAUUAAUAAGCAUUUUGUACGACCCAACAAAGCCAUACAUGGUGAGCAAAAGAAGAACAAUUCAACACUUACCCCCACAGACAAAGAUGAAAAUAGUAGUGUGCAUAGAAGAUCAAGAAGAUGUAGCAGCAUUAGUGAGUUUACUAGACAUGUCUAACCCAACGGCGGCUAGCCCAUUCUCCAUCUACGCCCUCCAUCUCAUCGAGCUGGUAGGCCGAGCUGCCCCCGUCUUCAUCGACCAUAAAAAAAGCAAAGCUCCUUCGAAGUACACCGCCUCUGACUCCAUCCACAAUGCUCUCAAGCUCUACGAGGAGGCUCGCUCCGAGCUUGUCAAGUUACAUACCUACACUGCUGUCGCACCUAAGCGAACCAUGAAUCAAGACAUUUGCGAGCUUGGUUUGAUCAAAAGGGCCAAUCUCAUCUUCCUCCCGUUUAGCAGAGUAACUCGGGUAUGUUUUACACGUACAAGAAAUGGACAACAUUCAGGAGUGAGAUUACAAGAUAUGAACACAAGUGUAUUAGAACAUGCACCAUGUUCAGUGGGGAUUCUAGUAGACAAAUGCAAUCUGCACAGCCCAAUGGUAGGACAAGCAUUUUGGAACUCAGCUCAACAUAUUGUUGUUCUGUUUCUUGGAGGAGCAGAUGCAAGAGAAGCACUUGCAUAUGCAGACAGAGUCAUCGGAAACCAGGACGUUUACGUAUCGGUAAUAAGAUUUCUGGCACAAAAUUCAAGAGGAGACAAUGAGUUUGAGAAGAAACUUGAUGAUGGAAUGGUAACUUGGUUUUGGGUAAAGAAUGAAACAAAUGAGAGAGUGAUUUAUAGAGAAGUAGUUGUGAGAAAUGGAGCAGAGACAAUUACAGCAAUACAAUCACUGAAUGAUGAUUCAUAUGAUUUAGUGAUUGUUGGAAGAAAACAAGGGAUAAACCCAGUGCUUCUUGAAGGAUUAUCAAAUUGGAGUCAUCAAAAUGAGUUGGGAAUUGUUGGUGAUUUUGUUGCUUCUGAGGAUUUUACUGCAGCAAGUUCCGUUUUGGUUUUGCAACAGCAAAUUUUAAGAGAUCAAGGUCAGUUUUCUUCUGGGAUUUGUGGCAAAAUUAGGUUUGAUAUUCGCUAGGAAUAUAUUUCAAUGUUGUUGUGUGUACAUUAUGUAAUUAAUUAACUGAUUAUUUGAUUAGACGACUUAGAUUGUUAUUAUUAUUGUGUACAUGGAAUCAAAUUAUAUAUAUAUGAUUCAACCAAAUCUAACCUUUUGAAUGCCUUUGACUCAA